AUGCAGGACGCGGGCGUCGUCGACGAGCGUGAGGGACUCGUGUACGACACGUACUCGCGCGGCAUCGCCUACUCGAGGGCAUGCGAGGGGGCGCUCAACGAGACGGAUAUCCUCGCGCACAUCAGCACGGCGUAUCAUGCGCGGGACAUGCUCGAGAUUCUGGACCAGACGGGGCAUGCGAAGCUGCGCUACUGGGGGUUCAGCUACGGAACGGCCUUGGGCGGUGCCUUUGCCGGCCUGUUUCCAGACCGCGUGGAGAGGCUGGUGAGAAACGUCGACUACAAGGAGUGGUUCGGGGGCGGUCUUCGCAACUACCUCUCCGACGCCGACAAGGUCUUUGACGCAUUCGAUACGGCAUGCCACGCCGCCGGACGGGACAAAUGCGCUCUCUGGGCAUCCUCUCCCGAGGCCGUCCAACGACGGCGUUCCUCGCUCCUCCAAGCCCUAAAGAUCCGCCCCGUCCUCAUCCCAGCCAACGCCCGCUCUUCAGGCCCCGAACUGCCGGAGCGCGUCACAUACACCCGCCUGCAGCGCCUCACGCGCGCCCUCGUCUACAACCCGGUGUACAAUGCCCCCGCCCUGGCGCGUGUCUACGCCGCGCUCGAGCAGGGCGACGGCCUGCCCUUCUACGACAUCGUGGUGCUCCUCGAGAAGCAGCAGCAGGGCGGCGGCUCGAAGCUGCUGUGCUCGCUGACGGACACGCCGGCCACGAUGCCGCUCGAGACGCCCGCCGAGCCGGACGCCCUCGCCGGCAUCAUGUGCGCCGACGCGCGGGCCGCCGAGUCGCUCGACGAGUUUGAGGCGUACACCGAGGACCUGCGGAGGAGCAGCCGCUGGAUGGGCGCGACGCAUGCCGACUUUGGGGCUGCGUGCGUGGGCAAGACUGUCGGGUCCAAGUGGCGCUUCAGCACGGGUGAGUCUGUCCCUUCUGCUGCUCUGGCGUGA